CGGGGGCCUUCUCUUCGGCAGCCGCGGGACCUUUCCUGCGCGUCCAGGGUCACCGUCCCCGAAGCCCGGCAGCUCGGCCCUCGUCUCCCUCCCCGCCCCCGUCCGUCUCCUUCUAGCUCCCUUCAGCAGCCCUCCUCACAACUGCCUCUGCCGUUCUUCAGGCGGCUCGGCCCGGCCCGCCCGCCCCGCGUCCCCUCCGGCCGGUGCCUCUUUCCCCCGGCGGGCUGCCUGCAUGUCUUUGCUGCCCUCAGCCCCGCCGCCACCGCCGCCACCGCCUCCCCCGCCGCCGCAGCACAAGCACCAGCCGCCCCGCCGCCGCCGCCGCCGUCGCCGCCCGGACCCCGGCGCGCUGAAUGCAGACUAAUAGGGAUGCCAAAGGAAAAAUAUGAUCCUCCAGAUCCUCGCAAAAUUUAUACCAUCAUGUCAGCAGAGGAGGUAGCCAAUGGGAAAAAAUCUCACUGGGCAGAAUUAGAAAUCUCGGGUAGAGUGCGGAGCUUAAGUACUUCACUUUGGUCAUUGACACACUUGACAGCGCUGCACCUAAAUGACAAUUACCUUAGUCGCAUUCCACCUGAUAUUGCCAAGCUUCAUAAUCUGGUUUACCUGGAUCUGUCAUCCAAUAAACUCAGAAGUUUACCAGCAGAACUAGGAAACAUGGUGUCUCUCAGGGAAUUGCUUUUAAAUAACAAUCUGUUACGGGUUUUGCCUUAUGAACUUGGUCGGCUCUUCCAGCUACAAACUCUAGGUUUGAAAGGCAAUCCUUUAUCACAGGAUAUUCUCAAUUUAUACCAGGACCCAGAUGGAACCCGAAAGCUACUGAACUUUAUGCUUGACAAUCUUGCAGUUCAUCCAGAGCAGCUUCCUCCGAGGCCAUGGAUUACAUUAAAAGAACGAGACCAAAUUCUGCCAUCAGCAUCAUUCACGGUUAUGUGUUACAAUGUGUUAUGUGAUAAAUACGCUACCCGGCAGCUAUAUGGCUAUUGCCCAUCCUGGGCAUUAAACUGGGAAUACAGGAAAAAGGGAAUUAUGGAAGAAAUUGUUAACUGUGACGCAGAUAUCAUUAGUCUUCAGGAAGUGGAAACAGAGCAAUACUUCACUCUCUUUCUGCCAGCAUUGAAGGAGCGUGGAUAUGAUGGAUUUUUUUCUCCAAAGUCACGUGCCAAAAUCAUGUCUGAGCAGGAGAGAAAGCAUGUGGAUGGUUGUGCAAUAUUCUUCAAAACAGAAAAAUUUACAUUGGUGCAGAAGCAUACAGUGGAAUUUAACCAAGUGGCAAUGGCUAAUUCAGAUGGAUCCGAAGCUAUGCUGAACAGAGUGAUGACAAAGGAUAAUAUUGGUGUUGCUGUGGUAUUAGAGGUCCACAAAGAACUAUUUGGAGCAGGUAUGAAGCCUAUUCAUGCUGCAGACAAACAGCUGCUUAUAGUGGCAAAUGCCCACAUGCAUUGGGACCCAGAGUAUUCUGAUGUGAAACUCAUCCAGACCAUGAUGUUUGUCUCAGAGGUUAAAAACAUUCUGGAGAAAGCCUCUAGUAGGCCUGGCAGCCCAACUGCAGAUCCUAAUUCCAUCCCGCUGGUGCUAUGUGCAGAUCUUAACUCAUUGCCAGAUUCAGGUGUUGUGGAAUAUUUAAGCAAUGGAGGAGUAGCUGACAACCAUAAAGACUUCAAGGAACUAAGGUACAAUGAGUGUCUUAUGAACUUCAGCUGCAAUGGAAAGAAUGGAAGCUCAGAAGGGAGAAUCACACAUGGCUUCCAACUGAAGAGCGCUUAUGAAAAUAACUUGAUGCCUUACACCAAUUACACCUUUGAUUUCAAAGGCGUGAUUGACUACAUUUUCUAUUCCAAGACUCAUAUGAACGUGCUUGGUGUCCUGGGGCCUUUAGAUCCUCAAUGGCUGGUUGAAAACAACAUCACUGGGUGUCCACACCCACACAUCCCUUCAGACCACUUCUCACUGUUAACACAACUUGAACUCCACCCUCCACUCCUGCCUCUUGUCAAUGGUGUUCACUUACCUAAUCGGAGGUAGUGGAGUACUGCCCCGCAAAGACGGGGAUCUGUUGCUAUGGACCUGUACAGUUGUAAAUCAAAGUAUGUAGGAGUGAAGUAUGGCUGCUUCUUCAGGUUCCUUUCAUUAUAUGUUUGCUAUAAGAUUUUGUACAUUUUUGUGCAUAUUGGUAUCAUUUGGCACUAGGGUUGGAACCAAAGUAUUACUCUCUUUCCAAAUUUUUAAUUUAUAACAUGUUUUUAAAUUGGUCUUUCUUCAUAUUAUAUUAGGAAUCAGCAUUCAUAAUUGAUAAAUCACCAAUUCUAGACCCAACUAUAGUGUUUUUGUUUUUCCAAAACAAAUAUUUUCCUCUAAAUGGUUUCAAGUGAGCCAACCAUUUUUGUAAAAGGCAAUUUUUAAAAACUAUGUAAGAUUUUAAACUUGAUGGUAUGCCUUACAGGGAAAACUUUCUUGAAUUUCUGUUUUCCAUUAUAACAAACUGAUCUUGGGCUCCCAAAGUUAUUUGCACAUUAAUGAAGCACUUAAAUUUACUCAAUCUGUACACAAACUAUGAUGUAGCCUCUAGCCAUAUAUAAGAAAAAUUGAAAAAUUAAAGAUGGUUGCACAAUAUGCUUUUAGAAUCAGGCAGUUAACAGCACAUGAUACUUUGUUGGGCAAACACUUGUUAGUUUUUUGUUUUGUUGUGUUUUUUGAGGAAUCACUCUGAAUUUUGUUCUCCUGUUUGUUAUCGCCUUAUUGGAAAUAUUCUAAGCCUCUCUCUCCAGUUUAUUUAUAGGGAAACAGCAGGUAAUUUUUACUGUCACACACCUUGCAAAUAGAAUUUGGUAUAUUUAGGAGGCCCACAAAAUUAGAGUCCAGUAUUUUUCAUUAUUCCCAACUACCUGUUUCUGCCUGGUUGUGCUGGAAAAACACACUAUAUGAUCUAUGUCAUUUUUGCUGUUACAGCCAAAUGUUAAAAAGAAAAAGCAACUACUGAAAGAAGAGGCCCUGAUGAAAGUUUUAGAAGGGAAAGCUAUUCAAAUAUUCCAUGUGUUUCCCAAAGUAGGUCAAGUGACUGUUGGCUUUGGCUAUUUGAGGUGACAAUAGAAA